ACCUUUUCAAUGUCCAACCUCUCUUGAGCCUUUGACCUCUUUCGUGGCCAGCUGCAUUCUCGACUGGGUGUUCUUCUUCUUCCCUCUUGUCUGCUUGUCUGCUGAACCUCCCAUGAGCAGAUCUGUCCCGCUGAGCCCCGUACCUCUGCCGAGGACGCGCUUUUGAGCUGGUCCAUCUCCUCCCCCCCAGCGACCGCGCCUCCAAGGUAGCUGGGCACUGCAACGCCAGGAGACCAUGUCUCCCUCGACCACCCUCGCAGAGACGGUCAUCUCGCCCUCUCCACGCCCGAAAAGACAAGCGACAUCACUACUUCCCGCCUUCGAACCACUCUCUUCGUCACCCGCCCUACCGAGACCCCUCAAACGAAAUCGAGAUGCCCUGGACGAACACACGAAUUAUCCCACGCCUGUACCUACUUCGUCUACCGCUAUUCUAUCAUCCUCGCCAGCACGUGUAGCCAAACCCCGACCUAGCCUUCCAAGGACUUCUUCUACCCUUGCUGAACGGACUCCUCUCGGUGCUGUUCCCUCCAUCCAACUGCAAGCCGACGGUAAGGUAACGCGUAUGGGAAGAUCCAGCGCUUCCUGCGACUACCAAUUCUCCUCGAAUCGUCUGAUAUCCCGAGUCCACGUGGAAGCCUGCUACAAACCUGCAGGUUCGCGUCUUGAGCGUGAUCGUGUGGAAAUUACAUGUACUGGCUGGAAUGGUAUCAAGAUACACUGCAAGGGCCAGGUGUACGAGGUCAAGAAGGGAGAGACAUUCUCGUCCAACCUUAGAGACUCAGAAAUCAUGAUUGACGUACAUGACAGUCGCGUCGUGGUGGACUGGCCUCCAAAACCUCACCUGGGCGUCUUCUUAUCUGAAGACGAGGAGGAGGAUAAUUCUCCUGCCAAACGCCAACGGGCCAUGCUGCGCCAUUCAACACCACCAAGCCCAAGUCCGAUGCAAGUUCGACGACGCCUUUCUUCACCCGUCUCCCCGUCACCUGCUGUACGAGCUGUAAUGCCUUCUUCACCGCCGCUUCCUCCAGCCACCGUCGAAAUAUAUGAAGACCCCGAACCAACCAACGAGAGCAGUGGAACGGUCACCGGUGCUGAAGUAUCACAGUCCACACAAACACUGUCACAGAACUUCGGACAGCCUGGAACCUCGCAGGAGAACAGUGCUUCGUUGUCUGCCGAAGAGUUUUCGGACAAUGACGAAGAAAACGAUCCCAUUAUUCAUUCCUUUGGACCAUUUGGUGCAAAUUUGCUGCCACGGAUGGCAUCAGUCUCCGCUGGAGAUUCGCCCUUCCCUAGUGAUUCUGCACCAAGUACGCGGUCCUCUCACACGGAGCCCCUGCCGUCCAGCGAUGCUCUGAGCUCACCUAAAAUGAAAGACCCGGAAUUUGACGUGCAGGGUCACAUUAUCAAUCAGCUCGCAUUCUCGAGGUUGUCCUCGACUCCACUAUCCACCAUUUUAAGCCACCUUCCACGCGAGGCUGGUGCUUUGUCCAUUGACGAGAUCCGAAAGCUCAUCCGUGAAACAGCGUGCAUCGGCGAAGUUGCCAGGGAAGGAAAAGACGCGGCGGGCAAGCCCCUCGAAAGCGAGUUUUAUUACAUUCCAGAUCAAGAUGAGGAUGAGAAGAGAAAGGAAGCUGUCGUCAAUGAUUUGCGGAAGCCAGGCUUGCGAGCAUGCCGCAAACAGCACAAGCAAUACUUCUGGCGGAAGCCCAAAUAGACGAUGCCUAGACAUUAUGCUUCCAAGAUGGCCAGAGAGAGAAGCCGUAUGACGGGGUUGGGAUUGCAGCUUGUCUACCGAGUAUGAUUUCCUAAUGUGUCUUUUUUUGGGUUGCAUGUCUGUGCAAUCGUCUCUGUACACGACAGGCUGUCGUCCCUUGUCUAGCGUUCAGCGUCAUGCAUAGCGAAAGGAAACCAGACAUCAGCGUCUUUCAUCUGUGAUAGGGAAUCCGGGGUUUGUUGUCUUUCAUAUCACUAUUGAGAACAAUGCCAAGCUGAGCUCCGAUGGGUGAAGUUGGAGCAAGAAGUGGGCAAAUAUGGUCGAGCAGAAGCAAUGCAGAAUGUAUUUUCGAAC